GCUUUCAAAAAGUCUCACCGAGGCCGGAAGAACCUCGCCCUCCGCUACACGAACGCGACACUGUGUCAAGCAAGUCGCUGCAAAGCCAACGAAGUCCCCACGCUUUCUCUGUGAAUAUCCCUCUCCCUUCUCUCGCAAAAUUUUCUAGCUCGAGAGGAAAAAAAAAGGGUAGAUAGGGGAAGUGGAUCUGAGAUUUUGUUUCAAGGGGAAAGGUAGAAAUGGAUCAGAUCCUGAACAAGGUGGGUGGUUAUUGGUUCACAAAGAGGGCUAACAAGGAGAUAUCCUCCGUCGGGGAUGACAUCAAUUCACUUUCAAGCAGCAUUGAAAACGGAGCAAAAUGGCUGGUCAAUAAGCUCAAAGGUAAAAUACAGAAGCCUCUGCCGGAUCUUCUAAAAGAGUUUGACCUGCCAGUAGGCAUCUUCCCUCGGGAUGCCACUAACUAUGAGUUCAACGAAGAGACCAGAAAGCUUACCGUGUUCAUUCCCUCCAUAUGUGAGGUUGGUUAUAAGGAUUCCUCCGUCCUGAGAUUUCUUACAACUGUCACUGGGUAUCUGGACAAGGGAACUCUCUCUGAUAUAGAAGGCAUGAAGACCAAAGUCAUAGUUUGGACAAAGGUGACAUCAGUCUCUACGCAUGGAUCUAAGGUCCAUUUCAACACUGGCGUCAAGAAAACCAGGAGCAGAGAUGCUUAUGAGGUCCUCAGAGACGGCAUUGCUGUGGAUAAAUUUUAAGUGUUUCUUUCUCUUUUCUCUAUCAAAGGUAACCUUGUUCGAUUAUUCUGUAUGGAGUCUGCCUAAACCUGCUAUUUGAUGACCGUUUGUGUAUGUACUACGCAUUGGUAAUAUACAAGGUUAUUGCAUUGUGUAUAGUUGGUGACAAAAUUUGUUGGAUUAAGGUUAUUUGUGAGAAGAUAUUGAGAUUA